CCAAGGUUUCCGUGUAUGCGCUGCCUGGGAGAGCGGAGCCGCGCGAUUGUCAUACAGUACUGCCAGACAUGGCGGCGGAGCUACAACCCGAGUGGAUUUCUUGUCUCCCGUCUUCCUGGAGUUAUGGUGUUACUCGGGAUGGACGUGUCUUCUUCGUUAACGAAGAAGCCAAGAGUACAACCUGGCUGCAUCCAGUAAGUGGUGAGGCAGUUAUAACCGGGCACAGGAAAACUCCAGACUUACCCACUGGAUGGGAGGAGGGAUAUACGUUUGAGGGAGCACGGUGCUUUAUCAACCACAAUGAACGGAAGGUGACCUGCAAGCAUCCUGUGUCAGGCUUACCCUCGCAAGACAACUGCAUCUUUGUCAUCAACGAACAAUCUGCUUCCAAAGUGCCGGCGAAUGAGAAGAAGGAACGACCAGUAAGCACCAUGAGUGAGGCCUCUAACUACACGGGCGGCUCGGAGCACGCUGCAAACCCCAGUAGCCCCGGAGGAAGGCCCUCAAGACCUUCUAAAAAAAUUCACAACUUUGGGAAACGAUCCAACUCCAUCAGGAGGAAUCCCGGUGCCCCGGUUAUCAAGAGAAACUGGCUGUAUAAACAGGACAGCACAGGGAUGAAGCUAUGGAAGAAGAGGUGGUUUGUCCUUUCUGACCUCUGCCUCUUCUACUACAGAGAUGAAAAAGAGGAGGGGAUUCUCGGCAGUAUCCUCCUGCCAAGCUUUCGUAUAUCCAUGUUGUCUGUGGACGAUCACAUUACCAGAAAAUAUGCCUUCAAGGCGACACAUCCCAACAUGAGGACGUACUACUUUUGCACAGACACAGCCAAAGAGAUGGAAUCUUGGAUGAAAGUGAUGACAGAUGCUGCACUCGUGCAGUCAGAGCCAGUCAAAAGGUUGGACAAACUAAAAAUGGAGCAGUGUGGACCUCAAGAGAUCAACCAUGUGGCCAACCAUAGAACAGAAACCGAAAUCCAGAAGAAUGAGCGCAACCGUGAGGUUGACCGUGAGCACGCAGCCGUCUCCCCCACCACAGAAGAAGAGGAGAGAAAGCAGCGAGAUGCAGAGCGCUACGGCUUCCAGAAGGAUGGGGCCGACCGUGAACGUCCACUCACCAAAAUAAACAGUAUCAAACUGCAGCCAGCGCAGGCGGCAGCCAUCAAGGCUAAUAUGACCUCGCCGCAGCCUCAGACCGAGGUUGACGGAUCACAGCACAGCCCCCAAGUUAAUGGAUCUGGAGAACAGCGUCCAGCUAAUGGGACUGGAGUCCCUCCUCGGCAAAGUUCCCCACAUGAGCCGGAUCGCAGCCUGAGUCGGACCAGCUCGAUGCAGCAGCUGGAGCAGUGGGUUCGCACACAGAGAGGACGUGGCCAGGACGACGAUACCAGAAGCAUCACAUCAUACCAGACGCUGCCUAGAAAUUUGCCAAGCCAUCGGGUACCCUACAUGCCUCAUUAUGGAGAUGGAUAUUGCAGUAUGCCCAGAAAUAGCAUGGCACAGCGGGACAGCAUCUGCAGCAUGUCCCCAUCAGUAUAUGAACAGGCCAUGGGUCCUUCAAUGACUGACAAACGCCGCUCCAUGCGCGAUGACACCAUGUGGCAGUUGUACGAGUGGCAGCAAAGGCAGGCCUACGGCAGGCAGCCAGGGCUGUACAGCAAUAUGGCCAGUCCCAAAACCAUGAUCAACUUGUCAGAGCAUGCUGCACCGAGCCACUCCAUCCCCUCGCCCUCCCAUGGCUCCCUGUCGAUGUACGGCGGCUACUCUCCAAUGAGAUCUUACAACAUGGGCAACACUCGCUCUGAAAUUUCCUCUCCCAUCUACCGAAGAGACAUGACUGUUGAGAGACGGCAGAGGCCACCAGUCAACAAGUAUGCUUACCUGCCUGAUAGGAGGUCUAUGCCAGCAGGGAUCCCAAUCCAGACCAUCACUGCCCAGUCUUUACAAGGCAAAACACCUGAGGAACUGACUUUGCUGCUGAUAAAGCUGCGUCGGCAGCAGGCAGAGCUAAACAGUAUCCGGGAGCACACUGUAGCACAGCUUAUGCAACUAAACAUGGAUGGCGACAACCCAAAGAACGACAUUCUUUCUCACCACCUCCAAAGGAACCUCAUGUAUUUGGACAAUCAGAUGAAGGAAAAUGAGCCUUUAAUCGUCAUGACUCACACUUUGAUUGAGAACUCUGCCCCAAGGCCUCAACUUUACCAGCAAAUGAGUCCAGAGGACUACAGGGAACAAGCCUAUACAUGCAUGCCAGAAGAAGUGGACACCGAUACUAAACUUAGCAGGCUGUGUGAGCAGGACAAAAUGGUGAGGAUACAGGAGGACAAACUGCAGCAGCUGUACAGAGAGAAGCACACUCUGGAGACAGCACUUCUGUCAGCUAGUCAGGAGAUAGAGUUGGGCUCCGACAACCCGGCUGCCAUCCAGAGCGUCAUGCAGCAGAGAGACUUGCUGCAGAGCGGCCUCCUCAGCACUUGCAGAGAGGUGUCCAGAGUUACUGCUGAGGUGGAGCGGUUAUGGAGGGAAUAUGACAGGAUGGAAGGAGAUGUGACUAUGGCUAAGAACAACCUGCUGGAGCAGCUAGAAGCACUGGGAAGCCCUCAGACAGAACCACCCAGCCAGCAGCAUGUCCGCAUCCAGAAGGAGCUGUGGAGGAUUCAAGAUGUGAUGGAGGCCCUGAAUAAACACAAAGCCCAGAGAAAUGCUCUUGAUGGGAUGAGUUUCUAUGGGCCCAAAGCCAACUUCAGUAAGCACAAAAACGAGGAGGAGGACUCUGUACCCCCACGGCCACCCCUACCCCAGUCCUACGAGCCCAACCCCCCCACCGUGCCCCCUGUGCCGUCUCAUCCUGGCGUGCGCCCUUCAUCACUCCACAAGCCAGAGGACAGGAAGGCCAAUCACAGGAAUAGCACGCACAGCGGUCCUGACUACAGGCUGUACAAAAGUGAGCCAGAACUCACCACAGUGGCCGAAGUGGAUGAGAACAAUGGAGAAGACCGAUCUGAAUAUCCAUCUGAUAGAGAACAUGUUGGAAACAAAGGUAUGUCUUAUCCAGUUGGUAUCGUCCCACCAAGGACCAAAUCUCCAGUGCCUGAUUCCUCCUCCAUAGCUUCAUAUGUUACAUUAAGAAAGAGCAGGAAGCCUGACCCUAGAACGGAGCGUCCACGCAGUGCAGUGGAGCAGCAGCUGUGUGCUGUGGAGAGCAGCCGACCCAGGAUGAGCGUGGAGGAGCAGCUGGAGAGGAUCCGUCGCCACCAGCAGGGUACCCUCAGGGAGAAGAAAAAAAGCCUCAGCAUCAGGGGUAGCAGCCAGGAGAACACACCCUCUCGCAGCCACUCAUUUACUAAAGAAAACCAUUACCGCAACACGCAGUUUCAAAUGAGGCGCAGAGAUGAGGUGAUAAGCAGUGACAUUCAGGAGCUGGAGGCCUCUCUCAGGCAGCAGGAGGUGGUGGGGGAGCAGGAGACGCCCGCUGAGGAGAUAGCUCGUCUCAAAGAAUCCUCCCAGGCUGAUCACUUUAAUGUCGACCGAGAGCUUUCUGUGCCUGACAAAGUGCUCAUUCCUGAGCGUUACAUUGAAUCGGACCCCGAGGAGGCUCUGAGUCCUGAGCAGGAGGCUGAUAAGCAGAGGAAAGUCGACCGCAUCAAAGCCCUCAUAGCCAAAAACAGCAUGCAGAAUGUGCUGCCUAGUCUGGCUCUAAGCCCUGAGGAGGAGACUGAAGAGGAGGUUACUGUACAGGAAAAGGAGAAGAUGAUUAAUAUCUCCUACGAGCUGGCAGCCGAGGCCUCCAAACGCAGCAAGCUGGUAGCAGCCCAGGCUCUGGCCUCAGUGAAAACCUACACAUGAAGGAAACAGCUGGGGAGGCCUGAAGCGGCUCCUGAGGACUUCCCUAAAGAGUUCAGCACAAGGCCUUUGGCUACAGAGUGAAACUGCCUACUUCAUACUCACGGGUCUCAACCUCUGACUUCUGUAUUGCUCACUGUGACGUCUUAAGCUCCUCCCUCUUUGGGGGGCAACACUCUCCUCAACCUGGCAAGACAGCACAUGGAUUCAUACCGUUUUACUGCUGCAGUUUCAGUUUUUACAAGGCUUUUAUAAUCAUUUUUAUUAUUUAUAUGGUUUUAUUAGGUUUUUGUGUUCGAAUGUGGGCCAAAGUCUAUCUGUAUAUACAGGAGGCUAAUAGACUGAGCUCUGUUCUGAGCCUGAUAGCCUGUGGCAGAGUAUGUUGGUCUGUUAUACAUUUUCAUUGAUGUUUCAUCACCUGUUCGAAAAAGUUUCAGAAGCAAGUUUCACAUUUUCUCUGCAUUUAAUUAAGCCUUUAAUAAUUCACUUAAUUUUUUUUCCCCCACACAUUCGACAUCAACUAACCAGGCAUAUUUAUCCAUUUAUUGUAAAGAACAUGUGUCUAUGCUAAAGAUGAGUAGAUAAAAGAUAUAGAUCCCUCCAUUAUUAUAUAAGGAGGAACCAUUUUAUUGCUGCAGACUAAGAGUAUUUGUAAUUUCUCAUACUUCUGAGCUCUAAUUAUUUAAAGAUGGGAUCUGAAGUCCCUGGCACUUUGUUGCCAAUGCAUAUGUGAAUGUUCUGACUUGAGUCAAUCUAUACUGUCCUUUUUUUUAAUUGCUGAGAGAUAUAUUUAAACUGAGAGAUGGAAAAAAUAGAUCUUGAUUAUAUUUUAUGACAAAAAAUCGAGAACAUUUAUGACAUGUUGGUUUGGAGCCCUGGAACUAAAAGAAAACAGGAUAAGUAUGUGUAAAAAGCAAUAGAAAUAACCCCUUUCUGAAUCUGAGAUAAUUUUUUUUGUGUGUACAAAGUGUAAUUAUCAGAGAUUUACUGUGUAUAUAAUGUACAUGGUAUAUCUGGAUGGGAGGAUAUGUUCAACAUACAGUUACAUACUAGAUUUAAUUUGCAAAUGUUCAUAUCCCAUCUGUUUUAUAUCAUGUUAAAUAAAUGUUGCUGUUCCUAAUGA